AUGCUCGAGAACCCUAUGACCAGGCUUAAAUGCGCAGCGGUUUCAGGUAAGCUGUCGAUAGUCAAGAGAAUCUUGAGACGAUUUCCAGAGCUGCUGGGUGAAAUAGACCCCAAAAACGGCUGGUCAUUAUUGCACUACGCUUCCUACCAUGGAAGAUAUCUGGUGUGCGUUUACCUGAUCCAAAAUCAGACGCAAAAUAUAGGAAUCUUGAGGACGUUCGAGAACAACACAUGCCUUCAUCUAGCUCUGCUGAAUGGCCACGAACAAACAGCGCAUUUGCUGCUGCAACACUUCCCACAAUGCCUGAAUAUGAAGGGCAAUGGAGGACUGACACCAGCUCAACUAACAUGCCAAGGAGAUCACCACCAGUGCUUGAGCUUGCUUUUGGGUCUGGGUGCCGAUAUGACCCUGCGAGACGAUAAGAAUUACACAGCUUUACACACAUGUCUGGAGUAUGGGAGUGAGAACUGUCUCCGAUUACUGGUCCUGGAAAGUAACCUUGUAAACGAGGAAAACCGGAAGGCAGACAAUUGGACGCCAGAAGAUCUCUGCAAGACGUUUCACGUCAUCGAGGUCUAUCACAAGCUGCUCAAGGAGAAGGAAACUUAUCGCAAGUUGCCAGAGCGAAAGAGUAUGCAAUCAAUGGUGUCUCCACUGACCAUCCCGAAGCCGGUCUUCGAGAAUAGUGGGUCUCCAGUACUCAGCAAUUCACCGGCAAUCCAAUCGUUUGCAUCACAACUACCGCCCUUGCCUGCCGUAUCCACUGGUCGCAGAGCGUCUGUGGGAAGCCAGAACCUCUGGUCACCCAAAACGCCUAUAUCCCAGACGUUUUAUACAGCUUCACCUCCGAAGAAGAAGAAAGGUUCCAUUUUGAAUCGCGUGAAUACCUCAUCAUCAACAUCGCUCACCAACCGGGACAGAAGUUCCAGCUCCAAUAGUAGUCGAGUGAAGUCUUCUGAAGGAGCCAUGGGCACUCCGCAAUCUUACGGCAGAUAUGGCAUGAACAACAAGCACAGCUUAUCCAAUCUCAGCAUGGCCAGUAGCGAGAAUGAUUUCAUGUACUCGGUCUCAUACAUGAACGACAAUGACACGGGCAAGGGUUCUCGAGAGUCUGGGCGACCCACUGCCAAUAUGCAUGGCCAACUCUCCCUCUUGAACAUACCGGUAUCAAAGAUUAGAAACAGGGUGUAG